GCUUCCUUUGGGAGUUCGAGCCCAGUUGGCUCUUUAUCAUCUGAGGACCAUGACUUUGACCCGUCUGCUGAAAUGCUAGUACAUGAUUAUGAUGAUGAGAGAACUCUUGAAGAAGAGGAAAUGAUGGAAGAAAGCAAAAAUUUCAACUCUGAAAUUGAAGAUUUAGAAAAGGAAGGAAACAUGCCAUUGGAAGAUUUACUGGCCUUCUAUGGCUAUGAACCCACGAUUCCAGUUAUGGCUGGCUCCAGUGCAGAUAGCUCCCCAAGUGAACUUGCAGAUGAACUUCCAGAUAUGACUCUAGAUAAAGAGGAAAUCGCUAAAGACCUCUUGUCGGGAGAUGAUGAAGAAACACAGUCCUCUGCUGAUGACUUGACACCAUCAGUUACUUCACAUGAGGCUACUGACUUCUUUCCUCGGCCAUUACGAUCAAACACCACGUGCGAUGGAGAUAAGGAGUCAGAUGGUGAAGAUGUAGAGGCAGACAAUGGUAAUUCGUCUGAAGAUUUGAGGAAGGAAAUAAUGGUUGGUUCACAAUACCAGGCUGAAAUUCCACCUUACCUUGGCAGAUGCAGUGAUGAUGAAAAGGCAUAUGAAAAUGAAGACCUUUUGCUUUGGAAACCUGAUGUGAUCUCAGAAAGUAAAGUUAAAGAAUACCUUUUUGAAACGUCCUUAAGAACAGGAAAUGAGAAAAUGAUUGGCAGAAUUCCUGAAGGACUAAAUAUACGGGACAACGAACAAGCACUGUAUGAACUUCUGAAAAGUAGCCAUAAUGUUAAAGAAGCAAUUGAGAGAUACUGCUCAAAUGGAAAGGCUUCUCAGGAAGAGAUGACAGCAUGGACAGAAGAAGAAUGCAGAAGCUUCGAACAUGCACUUCUGAUUUAUGGAAAAGACUUUCAUCUCAUACAGAAAAACAAGGUAAGAAGCAGAACAGUUGCUGAGUGUGUGGCUUUCUAUUACAUGUGGAAGAAGUCAGAACGUUAUGAUUACUUUGCUCAGCAAACAAGAUUUGGAAAGAAGAGAUACAACCAUCAUCCGGGAGUUACGGACUACAUGGAUCGCUUGGUAGACGAAGCAGAAUCCCUUGGUGGAGCAGUGCAUUCUUCAGCCUUAACAUCCAACAGUCGGGCAGAAACCAUUCCUGAUCAACAGCUGAGCAUUCUGAACUCCAUCACUGCCAACGAGCUCACAGCACUGACAAACAGUGUAGCUACAGUUUGCCACACUUCAGAUGUGAACUGCCUGGACGACGCCUUUCCUCCCAUGGACAGCUUACCCCGGGCACCAGUGAAUCACGUGCCUGUUGGAACAGAAGAGUUGCUUAACUUGCCUAGCAACGGUGAAAGUGAUUGUUUUAAU